GCCUCUUCAAAACAGGGCGCGCGAUUGUUUUCCUCCGGUCGGUUGCUUCCUUGCACUACUUUCCGUGGUUUUGCCUCAUUCUUCUCCAAGGGUUCCGCCGCUUAAUCGAGAUUAAUCAGAAAACACGCAUGCGCCCACAUAAAUAUUUUCGCCCGAAAAAAAGUUUUCCUGGCGGGAGAGGAGGCGCAUGCGCUUGUUUUGGCGGGGCAGGGUGUCCUGUUUGAAGGGCGAAGGGAAAGGGGCAGCCGAGAAAUGGCUACUGGAUUCGGGUCAUUGCUGCGCGAGUGCCCGCUCCUCCUGCCCCAGAACCGGGAAAAGAGUGUCUAUGAGGGCUUCGUCACCGCCCAGGGCAGAGACUUUCAUAUAAGGAUAUUGUUACCAGAGGAUCAUCAGUUGAAAAAUGCUAGGAUUCAGUGUAGCUGGCAUCUGAAAAAGUUGCUUCAUGGAUAUCAUCUGAUUUUAAAGCAGAGGUUGCAGCAUUCUUCAGAUCUAGUCAGUUUCAUGGUAGAGUUGAAGACUAUUUUGGAAGUUGCUUUGAAAAACACAGAAGAAUUGCAUGCGCAACCACCUCCACAAUAUUAUUCUGGCCUCAUCGGAGAUAUAGAAACUUUGGGAUGGAAUAAGGUUGUGUUUAUAGAUCCUGGUUUUAGUACCAUCAGGUUAAAAGCUGAAGACUCUUCUGGUCGGGAUCAUCAAAUCACUCUGAAAUUAAAUCCGAAGUAUCCCAGAGAGCCACCGGAUUGUCUUGUUGACUUACCAGUUGAGUUUUCUUUUUCCUGGACUCCCCACAGUUCGUUACUGAGCAUUCACAGUCAGUUCUUGGCAGCAUUAGAAUCACUGAAGGAGUUUUGGGAUGUUCUAGGUGAAGUUGAUGAGAAGACCUGGGUCCUUGAGCCAGAGAAACCCACAAGGAACUCCACAAGGCGAAGGAUUGCAAUUGGGAGCAACAUUUCCCUUAAUAUAGAGGUAGAUCCCAGACACCCCACCAUGCUUCCUGAGUGUUAUUUUCUUGGAGCUGACCAUGUGGUGAAUCCGUUAAAAAUCAAGCUGAAUAGCAACAUACACAUGUGGGAUCCAGAAAAUAGCUUAUUAAAAAAUUUAAAAGACAUUUUAGAAAUUGAUUUCCCAUCUCAAGAAGCUCUAGAAAAAACUGACUUCUCUAUGGACUGUGGGAUUUGCUACGCUUACCGUCUUGAUGGAGCUACUCCAGACCAAGUCUGUGAUGACUCUCAUUGUGGCCAACCUUUCCAUCAAGUUUGUUUAUAUGAGUGGUUACGUGGGCUCCCUUCAAGUCGACAAAGUUUUAAUGUCAUAUUUGGUGAAUGCCCAUAUUGUAAUAAGCAAAUCACACUGAAAAUAUCUACUAAGAAAAUCUGAAUACAACUGUCUGACUGCAUUUCCUGAGCACUUGCUGGAGAAGAUAUCAAAGGAAAUAGAGAGAAAGCAAUACUAAGAGGAGGAGGACAACAAUGGCCACAAUAUACUGAAACAGUUCUUCAUGCAGUCCUAUCUGAGAAGUGCUGCAUAUGGAAGAGCUGGUCAGAGUAUGAAUACAUUCUGGUUGAUAGACUGCUGAAUAUGUAACUCCGGUUUCUCUACAAUUUUCUUCAGCAUUCUGGAAAUAACUGCAGGAAUCUGUCCAGGGCAAUGGUUUUAUAUUGUCCUGAAGAAGAAGGCAAAAAACAUUACUGAUGGCAAUUUGACUAAGAGCAAAUGUUCAGUACUCUGUUGCUCGAGAGGUUGUUUAAACACUUUCCCCUUUGUUCUUAACUCAUAUUACCAAAGCUAACUAAUAACAGUAGCUGCUUCAUUUUCUUUUUUUUUUAAACAAUAAAUUAGAAUGAUCAAAAA